AUGGACCACCACGCUCACAUGAAUCACGGUGAUAUGGAUCAUGGCGACAUGGACCAUGGAGACGGAGGCAUGAAAGAUAUGUGCAACAUGAACAUGCUGUUCACCUGGGACACCAACUACCUCUGCAUCGUCUUCCGCCAAUGGCACGUCCGGUCUACAUCAUCCCUGAUCUUCUCCCUCCUCGCCGUCGUCCUCAUCGGCAUCGGCUACGAAGCCAUCCGCGCCUUCUCCCGCCGCUACGAGCUCGCCUCAUCCAAGCGCGUCGAUUCCCUACCGAGUGUCCUUGACUCCGUUACUGAAUCAACACCCUUCCUCCCCGCAGGACAAAGCCAGGCCCAGCUCGGCCAGCGGACCCACGUCGUCAAGGGCGCCCUGCUCCUGUUCAUGACGUACAACGGCUGGGUCAUGAUCGCUGUUACCCUGGGCGCGUUCUUUGGAUACCUCAUUUUUGGAAAGUCAUCUUCUGCGACCAAGGAGAACGCCUGCCACUAA